AUGCGAGAAGCCUCCAGUAUUAAUGCCCUAUUUGUCAGAGAAGAGAAGCCGAAAGUCAGACGUGUAACGCCGCCGAAACGUGCCCAACUUGUCCAGAAAAAGACCCGAGAUGCCAGUCAGCAACGUCUGAAAAUCCUCACGAGUAAUGCGCCCGUCAGCAGCCGUGGAGUGGUUUCUGCAGCGGAACCCGCGCCCUUCCAGCAGUUCGACAACAACGACUUAGUCGAACCCAUUGGACCUACCGCAACAUCUGUCGAAUUUGACGAUGUGCCCCGUGUGCAAAAGGUCAUCGAACGCCCUUUUGUAAAACAGGAAAAAGUCGAAACUCGCUACAAAAGUAGUUAG